AUGAGAGACGAUACCGCGGGAAUGUCGCUCACCACUCAAGCUAUAUCGAAAAUCAGCGCGGGCACUAGCACCAACGCAAGGAUGUACCGCACCGUCUACAUCCUCUUCCAGCACGACACCAGAUCCACGAGCAUCGUCGAGGUCUUCGCCGACGUGCAGGACGCCAACAACGAGUGCCUCCAGCAGGCCUCCUCCCAUGGCGUCACAUUGACCAGCAAAUCGUCCACUACGGGGCCGGAUAACCACUUCUUCUGCCCCGUCGAGCCGCUGCGGUGGGACACGCCCGAGGGGCUGAGCUGCUGGGUCGAGGGCUUCGACGUGGUGCCCAAGAAGAUAGCGAGCCCAGCACGGAACUGA